GGGGAAUUUUCAGGUGUGGCACAUUUGUAGAAGCGAUGGGCCAAUCAAAUUCCAUAAAUUGGCUUAGCCGCUCAUAUUACUAGUAGUCUCUCUGCCUUCAAGUCCUUUCUUCUUCUUCUUCUUCUUCUUCUUCUUAAUGAGUCUAUGAGUAGUGUCGUUUGAAGAAGUCACAUUCGUAUAUCCUCUCUCCCUCUCUCUUUCUAGCUACUAGCUAAGAGGAGGAAGAACGAGAAGAAGAAGAAGAGUUUAGUUAUAAUGUCAAGAAUGAGAGUUGCAGUGAUUGGAGGCGGGAUUAGUGGGCUUAUUUCAGCUUAUUAUGUCGUGUCAAACUCCGGAGCUGAGGUUGUUCUGUACGAGAAAGAGGAUUACUUGGGCGGCCAUGCUCGAACUGUUUCCUUUGACGGUGUUGAUUUAGAUCUCGGUUUCAUGGUCUUCAAUCGUGUAACAUAUCCAAAUAUGAUGGAGUUGUUUGAGAGUCUUGGAGUGGAUAUGGAGUUAUCAGAUAUGUCCUUUUCAGUUAGUUUAGACAAAGGUAAUGGCUAUGAAUGGGGUAGCAGAAAUGGCCUCUCAGGUGUUUUUGCACAGAAAAAGAACAUUCUUAAUCCAUACUUUUGGCAAAUGCUUCGAGAAAUUAUCAAGUUUAAGGAUGAUGUCCUCAGUUACCUUGGAACGCUUGAGAAGAAUCCUGAUAUUGAUAGGAGUGAAACAUUAGGGCAUUUUAUCAAUUCCAGGGGUUACUCUGAGUUAUUUCAGAAGGGUUAUCUUGUUCCAAUGUGUGGUUCAAUAUGGUCCUGCCCUUCAGAUAAAGUUAUGAGCUUUUCAGCUUUCUCUAUACUCUCAUUUUGCCGUAAUCAUCAUUUACUUCAGCUCUUUGGCCGCCCACAGUGGCUUACUGUUAAAAGCCGUUCACAGUCUUAUGUCAACAAGGUCAAAGAAAAGCUGGAAACUUGGGGCUGUCGAAUAAGAACUGGCUGUGAAGUGGCCUCUGUUUCCACUAAUGAUGAGGCAGGUUGCACAGUUUUCUGUACAGAUGGUUCUGAAGAUAUGUAUAGUGGGUGCAUAAUGGCUGUUCAUGCUCCAGAUGCACUGAAAAUAUUAGGAGAGCAAGCAACAUUUGAAGAAAAAAGAGUGCUUGGUGCUUUUCAGUAUAUGUAUAGCCAUAUCUUCCUUCACCGUGAUAGAAAAUUUAUGCCUCAAAAUCAAGCAGCAUGGAGUGCAUGGAAUUUCCUUGGAAGUACAGAAAAUAAAGUAUGUUUGACAUACUGGCUAAAUGUGCUUCAGAAUCUUGGUGAAACAGGUCCACCUUUCCUGGUGACACUGAAUCCAGAUAAUAUACCAGACCAUACCUUGCUGAAGUGGUCAACUGGCCAUCCAGUCCCAUCUGUAGCCGCAUCAAAAGCUUCACUUGAGCUUCAACAUAUUCAAGGCAGAAGGGGACUUUGGUUUUGUGGAGCCUAUCAGGGUUAUGGUUUCCAUGAGGAUGGAUUAAAGUCUGGCAUGGUUGCCGCAAAUGGUUUGCUUGGUAAAAGUUGCACUAUUCUGUGCAAUCCAAAACACAUGGUACCUUCUCUGUUAGAAACUGGGGCGCGCCUUUUUGUUACUAGAUUUCUUGGACAUUAUAUCUCUACUGGCUGUUUAAUUUUACUUGAGGAAGGUGGCACAAUGUUUACCUUUGAGGGAAGUGCUAAAAAGUGUGACUUGAAAACUGUCCUGAAAGUUCACAAUCCCCGGCUCUAUUGGAAGAUAACAACACAGGCUGAUUUAGGUCUUGCAGAUGCAUAUAUCAAUGGUGACUUUUCCUUUGUUAACAAAGAUGAAGGUCUUCUAAACCUUAUUAUGGUUCUGAUCGUGAAUAGAGAUGCUAAUAAGACUGUAGCAAGAUUGAAUAAGAAAAAGGGUUGGUGGACACCUUUGCUUUUCACAGCUAGUAUUGCAUCUGCACAAUUUUUUGUCCACCAUGUUUCAAGGCAAAAUACUCUUACACAAGCUCGCAGGAAUAUUUCUCGCCAUUACGAUCUGAGUAAUGAGCUUUUUGGUCUGUUCUUGGACGAAACUAUGACAUACUCCUGUGCGGUAUUUAAGACAGAAGAUGAAGACUUGAAAGCUGCACAGAUGAGAAAAAUUUCACUCCUGAUAGAAAAAGCAAGAAUCACUAAGGAGCAUGAAAUACUUGAAAUUGGUUGUGGUUGGGGAGCCUUAGCUAUUGAAGUUGUCAAACGAACCGGAUGUAGAUAUACUGGAAUCACUCUAUCGGAGGAGCAACUCAAAUUUGCAGAGAUGAAAGUGAAGGAAGCUGGCCUUCAGGACAGUAUCAGAUUUCUACUCUGUGAUUAUCGGCAAUUGCCUAAGAACUACAGAUAUGACAGAAUCAUAUCAUGUGAAAUGAUAGAAGCUGUUGGCCAUGAAUACAUGGAGGAGUUCUUCGGUUGUUGUGAAUCAGUAUUGGCAGAAGAUGGGCUUAUUGUUCUACAGUUCAUAUCAAUACCAGAAGAACGUUAUGAAGAGUACAGGCAAAGUUCAGACUUCAUUAAGGAAUAUAUAUUUCCUGGUGGAUGUUUGCCAUCAUUAACAAGAAUAGCAUCAGCAAUGUCUGCUGCAUCAAGACUCUGUAUGGAGCAUGUGGAAAAUAUAGGAAUUCAUUACUAUCAAACACUGAGAUAUUGGAGAAAAAAUUUCUUGGACAACCAGGGAAAAAUUCUGGCUUUGGGAUUCAAUGAAAAAUUCAUUAGAACAUGGGAAUAUUAUUUUGAUUACUGUGCAGCUGGUUUCAAAACACAUACACUUGGAAAUUAUCAGGUUGUUCUAUCACGUCCUGGCAAUAUAGCUGCACUUGGCAAUCCUUUCCAAGGUUUUCCUUCAGCUUACUGAUUCUUUUUUCUUUUAUCUCAUAAUUUGUUAAUCAUUUAAUUGUACCAGCUCUAAAUGGAAAUUAUUUCUUCCGAUUAAUUUCAUUCGGAAAUCUUGCCGUUUGGGUUUUUACAGUUUACUCGUUCCACUCUAUUUCAUAUGCCACUUUUUAUCGAUUGUCUUCGAACGACAAGACAUUGAGUCGUUUAAAAGGCUUCGAUUUUGUAGACUUUAUGGAUCUCCCUCAACAUUUAAAUUCAUGUAAAAAUGGCAUAUUGAUAUUAUUUUCUCA